GAAAAAGAAUAAUGAAUGUAUACAAAUAAAUGAAAAUUUUCAUUUAUAUAGAAACUCUUGUGUCAGAAGUAAAAACGAAUGAUAACUUGACUAGUUCUACCGAUAAAAAAACGAUUGGGAAAUAUUCAACAAAUUAUCAAGAUGCCUCCAAAGUGUAAAUUUCAAGAAGGUGAAAAAGUAUUAUGUUUUCAUGGGCCUCUGAUUUAUGAAGCUAAAUGUUUAAAAUCUUCUAUCACGAAAGAGAAACAAAUCAAAUAUUUUAUUCACUACGCUGGUUGGAACAAAAAUUGGGACGAAUGGGUGCCAGAAAGUCGAGUACUGAAAUAUAAUGAAGCUAAUGUACAAAGACAACGGGAAGUACAACGAGCGCAUUCUAACCAACAAAGUGCACAGAAAAAUAAGAAAGGUAGUACAGGUUCUAAAACUCAAGGACGAAGAAGUGAUAUUGGUAGAGAAAAAGAUGCGGAUAGUAGAGCUAGCACACCAGUAGCAAAUGUUGAUAAAUCUAUCAGUCGUCUUAAUAAAACUUCUAGUAGUAUAGUUACACCUUCAUCAUCUCAUGAUACAAUAGAAGGACCCCGCAAGAAACGCAGUCGCGUGGAGCCUCCUGGUGAGAAUGAAGAAUAUCUUACUAAAGCAGAAGUUAAAAUUAAGAUACCCGAAGAAUUAAAGUUUGUACUAAUAGAUGAAUCAGAAGUGAUAUUAAAGCAUCAUAAAUUACCAGUCUUGCCUGUUAAAAACACAGUUGAUAAAAUUCUAGAUGAUUAUGUAGAAUCAAAAUCAGCUGGAAAGCCUGUAGCUACCAGGGAAAGUGUUAUGGAAAUAACAAAAGGAAUUAGAGAUUACUUUAAUAUUACUUUAGGUCUUCAAUUGUUAUAUAAAUGGGAACGUCCACAAUUUAUACAGAUGGUAAACGACAAUCCAGAUGUUUUGCCCAGUCAAAUGUAUGGAGCAUUUCAUUUACUUCGAUUAUUUGUUAGAUUAGGCGGGAUGUUAUCUUAUACUACUUUAGACGAAAGAAGCAUACAACUAUUGCUAUCGCAUUUUCAUGAUUUCUUACAGUAUUUGCAAAAGAAUCAUGUCGAAUUAUUCAACCUUCAACAAGAUUAUUCUGAUCCUCCACCAGAUUAUCAUCGAAAAUAUGAAAGAAAUACGUAAUAUCGAAGAUCACAAGAGGCAGUAAAAUAAUGUCGAAAUAUAAAUAUAAUAGAAAUAUAGAAAUAGAAAUAGAAAUGUACGUAAACGAACUGUUGUAUACUUUAACAUUUUGUUGUUUCGCAAUA